AUGCAACGCACACUACGCCGAUGUCCACCGUUGCUUAUACUCACUACAUGGCGCCGGACUGUUUGGAGUAAGGCGCACAGUACUACCGUUCACAGCAGCAGCAGUAAUAAUAAUAAUAAUAAUAAUAAUAAUAAUAAUAAUAAUAAUAGUGAUAGUAAUAGUGUUAUUGUUGUUGGGGGAAAUAUAGAGACAACGGCAUUGCGGGAGGCCCGCCGAUUCGCCUCUUCAAUGAUAACAAAGCGGAAAAUUCGAAGUAAGACAACACGUGUAGCGGCCACUAGAGUUAACGCGGAAACCACAAGACGACAAACACAAGAAGGAAAAAAAGAAGAAGAAAAGGAAGAAAAGGAAGAAAAAGAACAAAAAGAAAAAGAACAAAAAGAAAAAGAACAAAAAGAAAAACAACAACAACGUGUGGAGAUGAUGCAUAGAGAAGAAGAAACUGUGGUAAAGGCAGCAGCAGCAGCCAUGGUAGCGGAGGCAGACUUGAUUCAACAAAAAUAUAUGAAUAGUAAUCCAGUCUAUAGUAAUAGCAACAACAACAACAAGAGGAACAACAACAACAACACCAAUAUUAAUAAUAAUAACAACAGCAACAACAACAAUGAUAAUCCCAAUGGGACCCCUACUCCAGUUACUCCUACAACAACAACAACAACAACAACAACAAUAACCGAAAGCAGUGAAGUUAAUACUGCUGCUGCUGAAAUAGGUUCUCUGUUAGAUCUUGAAAACCCACUCAAUCUACGCUUAGCAACUCUUAUGCAACAACAUGGAAAGGCAUUUCGUGCCAUUGCAGUCACCUAUUCCACAAAGCGAGAUUAUAACUUUGAAAUUGAUUUCACAGAUAUUGCCUCUGGGGUAACUCUGCAGUGUAAACUAGAUAAGGUGCGAACAGUUUACAUGUCGUGGGUUCGUCAAUUCCACGCGGCGUGGGUUGUGUUGUUUGUGCCUACACUCUCAACAGCAAAUUCAACACUUUUGGAAAAUGCGAUAUUAUUUGGUGGAAUUGGUAGAAGUGGUGUGACUACUUCUACUCCUGAAGGUAUGAAAGGAGGAAAUAAAGAAUUUGAAGAACCAGAUCAUAUUCUUUUAUCCUAUACCAAGAUGCGAGAAGUACUUUGUAAAGUUAAACGUGAUGAACAGGUGAAUAGUGAAUUACUUAGUAAUGCCGUACUAAAUGCCUAUGCAGAUGAUUGGAAGAAUUUCAUUCACUCUCCUAAUUCCUGUUCUCCCAUGGCUGUAGUAACGGCGGCCUUUGACUUUCGACUCACACCUGGACAAUCACCACUUAACAAAUCACUCCUACACGCACAACUCUCAUCCGCCGCUACAGCCCUACAACCACCUGGUAAACGCAGUACACUAUCAUCAUCAUCAUCAUCAUCAUCACGUACAUCGACGGCUUCUAUGAAUACAACAGCUGCGGCUGCUGUUGUUUCUAGUAGUAGUAGUGGAGGAGGAAAGAAAGAAUCUUGGAUGUUGGUAUUUGUAUCUGCUCCUUUGGUGAGUGCAUCUUCUAAUGCUAAUGCUGCUGCUCUUACUACCGUACCACCCAUGCAAGACCUUCUCACAGGUGAGUUUGUAGAACCACUAUUGCUUAGUGAAAGGAAUGUGAUUUAUAUUAUUGGUACAGGUACAGCAGCGGAAUGCUUUGCACAGUUUCCACUUGUACGAAAAGGUAAACAAAAGGUUUCCAUUCUUUUACAAGAUAUAGAAAAUCAAUUAGGACUACGACGAAUUAACCGACCCACACUUACCACCACACUUGUACAAGCAUUAGAUCUCUUUUCACGCUAUACAUGGAUAGGAUUAAUGCAGCCAGAGGAUGGCACACUGCGAGUCCCGCGAUCUCCCAACACAUUCGUUACUUUACAUAGACGCUCCGUUACUUGUGAGAGUGUUCCAAACUUUUUGGAAUCAUUAGUUUCCAAAGGCCAUCAUCUCUCCAUCUCUGGUGGUGGUAUGCAUACAGAUACUAGCGGAGGAGGGGCAAUGGCACAAGGGAAAUUAAAUCGACGAUUGGAUGAACAUAUUAAAGCCAUUUUUAAUAAUAAUGGACGAUUGGAACGGGAAAAGGCAUGGCGUACAAAAUUACGGAAUUGUGGUUGUUUCUUUGUAGAAGUGAAAUCUGCAAAUGUAACGGCAGCACGUCGUGCGGAUAAUCCUUUCUCUGCUCGUAAUGGUAUUGUAGAGUUUCAUGGUCAAUUAUGGCCCUCACUGGAUGGGGAUAGUGGGAAGAAAUCACCACCUGUAGAAACUUUAACGGCGAAAUUCAAUGCGAAUGGGGAUGUGAAAUCCUUUGUAGAUCCUAAAUCUUGUAUUCCAGAGAAUUUACCCACAGAAAGUGAAAAUGGAUUAGAAAAGAAACAUAAACCUCAACAAUUGGCUUCAGGUGGUAUUAUUAUCGCAUGGGAUGUAAAACGGGUUCUCUUAUUUCUUCGUGAUAGUGAAAAACUACGAGAGUUUCUUCAGAAUGGUGGUCGUAUUUGGUGUGCGCAGUAUGCACAGUAUCUUUUACGAGGAUUUAAUCACGAUAAUUUAGUUACCAUGGAACGAACUCUUUUACAGUAUAAUAUGGGACAAGGUAAACUACAUUCUCUUGAGAAGCUUAAAAUGAUAUUUGAAAAACAAUUAGAUAUCGCUGUAAAUACACGUCAACUUAUUUCUAUUUUACAUCGUAUGGAUGGAUUACUCGCUGCUACAGAGAUGGAAAUACGUGGUUUACAACUUGCUAAUCAAGGAGAAAUAACAAAAUUUUCUCAACAGUUAAAAACAACACAUGAGAAAUUAGAAAAACUUGUAAAUGAGAAAAUUAUGGAGUUUACUACUAGUAUGGAUGAUGAAGUACGAAAAAGAAUUAACUUUCGAUCUCCACAAGAUAUUAGUACUAUCAUAUAUGGUGGAGCGCUUUGUCGUCAUUUAAAUUCUCGUUAUCUCUCACCUCAACAGGCAAAAACACCCGUAACGGCAAUAUUACCUCAUGCAGUUUGCCGUGUAACAGGAACACCCAUACCAGAUGCUUAUACACAACCGGAAACUCUCUUGGGAUUAACAGGAACUACUAGCAAUGGAAAUAUUGUUAGUAGUAGUAGUAGUAGUAAUAAACGCGGAGCGUCUGGUCUCAAAGAGGCAUCUGUACGUUCAGCUUUAUCGGCCAUAGAAAAAUAUACUGCACGAAGUACAAUAGAUAAUCUUUUUAAUUGUACAGCAGUUGUGGUGGUAACAUGUAAAGUGCGACCUGGUAAUUUUCUUGAAGCCUUUUCUUUAUAUUGUCCCAGUAGUGAUAGUGAGGAUGAACUAAGAUAUAAUAUUGCUAUUGAUGAUGUGGUUCCUGUAACGGAUGAACCUGAAUUAUUGACUGUAAUUCAAUUAAAGGAAAAAAUUGCUCACUAUAAACCCUUACGGGCCUUACAACCAUUGAAAAAACAUGGGAAGAAAAGUUAUGAUUUGCGUAAUCUUCUUAUUCUCACAAACUGUGUUCAUGAUAAACUCACUGUGUUAGUAGAGACUGGUAUUGUGCAUACUAUAGCAGAAACUGUACUUGGCCGAAAUAUGGAUGAAGGAGGAAAUCUCCCACUUGAACGUGUUUGUUUCUGUGAUCUCUAUCGUGCCUUUCCACCUCCUGGACAGGGAAGUGAUAGUUUUGAGAAUGACUUUAUGGGUCUUGUAGAUGCUGCGGAACAUGCCGGAUUUUCUGCCCGCUCUAACUGGGAAGCUGCUGCCCGUGAGUUUAUUACCCCCAUUACUACUACUACUACUACUACUAAUAAUAAUAAUAAUAAUAAUAAUAAUAAUAAACAUUGCAGCAAAGGAGGUGAUGGGGUGGCAGCGGCUAUUAAAGCGCUCAUCUCACACUGCGCCGCAACUGCCGGCACCUCACGUGAUCCUUUUCGCAGCACCCACCCGCUUCCAUGUGUGUUGAACACUGGAAAGUGUAAUUCACAUCCACAGGAACGGGCCUCUACGCGGGGUUUAUUGUGGAUCGUCACACCUGCAAAACUUCAUCCCAUGUUGUAUAGAUGUUUGCGUGGACGUAAUGCCUCCUCAGGGGCUGAUGCUAUUGAACGUAUUACUGUUUUACUCUCCGCAGAAAGACAAAUUGAUCUCUCCUUCUUUAAAGCACUUCAGCAAUUACGAUUUACAGAAAAGAAAAUGCAAUUAUUUGAAGAAGGUGCCUUAUUCCGUGCGGUGUUGCCAGAAUGUCGGGAUCGUGUACAUGGUGAACUCUGUCAUGUUGUGACUGCGACUGGUCGUCUCUCAUCUCAAUCACCAAAUUUACAAAAUAUUCCAAGAGAAGAAGAUUUACGUCGUCUUAUUGUAUCCCGGUUUGGAAGUGUUAAUGGACGUAUGAUAGAGGCGGAUUAUAGUCAAUUGGAAGUUGUUGUGUUAGCAGCACUUAGUCGAGAUACUCGUAUGUUGCAAGAACUACGAGAUAAGGUGGAUUUUCAUUGUCUUCGUGUGGCUUUAAUGACAAAGGAACCUUAUGAAGAUGUGGUUCGAAAAGCCAAACGAGAAAAAGAUCCUCAUUAUAUUCAAUUACGUCAACAAGCAAAGACUUUCUCUUUCCAACGGCAAUAUGGUGCUGGUAUUAAUACAAUUGCAACCACAACAGGAUUAACAGAACAGGAAGUGGAAAGACUGAUUGCGGCAGAAGAACAACAUUAUAAAGAACUUGGUCGUUAUUAUCGAUUGGUAACAGACUGUGUAGAGGCUGGAGCCGAUCGACUACUACGCUUACGAACAUUGGAUGCUCCCACAUGGGCUCCUGCAAUGCGACGGAUGAUAUUAUUAACAGAACCUAUGCGUUACUUUGUAGUUCCUACUGGAAGUAAAUUUGAUUUUACAAAAGAUCGAAAGAGUAUUCCAAGAUUAAAGAAUUAUCCUGUACAAGGAUUGGCGGGUGAAAUUGUACAAAUUAUGUGUGGAAAAAUUAUCCGACGGUUUUAUGAACGACAUAAUUAUAAUAAUAAGGCUUUUCUAGUGAAUACGGUACAUGAUUGUGUGUGGAUUGAUGCCCAUGCGUCAGUGGCAGAUGAAGUUAUGCAUGAUGUCUCUACUAUUAUGUCAUCUACAUCAGAAGCGAUUGGUAGUUUAUGGCCUGAUAUCAAACUGGAUGUGCCUUUUAACGCUGAUGUUCAUAUUGGACCUUCUCUGGGAGAACUCUCAAAAUAA